CAAAAAAAAAAAAAAAAAAAAGCGCACAAACGACAUCGAAAAUACGGUGUGGUUUUCGAACCUAUCCCCACGAAACCCACCCCUCUAACUCCUCUCUCUCGACUCGAUUUUCAGCGAGGGUUUGAUUGAUGGUCUCUUGCUCUCUCGUCGCUCAGGUCUCUAUUUACAAGACGAUUGCUUAAAAUUCUGUUAGUAAUUGCUUUUUGAAUCAUGGGUGGCGAGGAUACAUAAAAGGGAAAGUCAUAGGUUUAUGAGUGAAUCAUAGUGAUAUAUACUUUUUGCAUCAAAAUGGAGGAUGAGAAUGGGCUUGAGCUUAGCUUGGGUCUAUCUUGGUCCCGAUCAUCUGCUAAAUCUAAGGAUAACAAUGAUAACUCGUCAGAGACUAGGGCAGAUGAAGGCGACAGAAGCAACAAGUUGAUCAAUGAUUUCAAAAACUUUCUUGAAGGUGGCACUCGAAAACAAGAAUCUAGCAUGGGAUCUCAGAGAAGUGAUCCGGUAAAACCUGAUGACAGCUUCUGUAAUAACUUUUCCAACGCUGCUGCAGAUGUUGAUUCUUCUAAGAACUUGAAUGGAAGAGGACUUUGGGUUGCAAAUGAUAGCAGGUGCAGGAGUGCUGAAGUUGAAGAGGAAAAGAGGCCUGAGGCUAGUAACAAACGGAAAAAUUUGCUUGAUGAGAUGAACAAUCAAAAGAAGCGUGAGAGAGAAUCUCAUAAUACUGAUUUACAUGACAAAUCAAGACCGUCACACAUUUCCAUAAAUACAGAUGAUGGCUCAACUGCUGAAAAUGAAGAUGUGGCAGAUUCUGAAGUUGAUGGUUCAACUUCAAGGUUGGUUCCACACCAUGACGAUGGUGCGAAGAAGUACAUCAGGGGUGCUGGACCUUCUGACGUCGCAAAUGAGGGUCACACAGUUACUGAUUCGAGUGUGGUGGAUUUGCAAGGACAAAACAAGUUUACCAUUUCAUCUGAAAGGGAAUUUAAGAUUGGGCACAUGCCCUAUGUUUCGUUCCCGGCUCAAUCAAUAAAUAUCAUGAAUGUGCCUUACUCGCUACCUUUGAAGGAAUCUAACUCUAUUGGGAUGCCCAGCACACCAAGUUACCCACUACCUGGCAUGAUGCAAGUAAUGUCUGCUGCAAAUGGUGAUCGAGGUGGGAUCCAACCUGUGAUGCCUGGAAACUUACCGGUGAUGUUUGGCUAUUCUCCUGUCCACAUUCCAGUGUUGGACAAGGAUAACCCCCAUGGUUCAGCUCAUCCUCAACAGCUCCACCCAUCCUAUGUUGGCAGGGUUCUACCAAACUCAGAUAAACAAAAUGACGGGUUGAAGAUUUCUCAAGCUGGGAUGCCAGUAAUUAUGCACAAGCCAUCUGAAGCUUCACAAUACAAUGGGAUGGCAUUAGAACAGGCCAAAGGUGAUGGAAAACAGCACGUCACCGAUGGAGGGUCCUCUUCUCAGACACAAGAUGGUGCGAAGGGAAGCAACAUGAUGUUUGGGGCACAAGUUGAAUCUGAUAAACCAGGAGUAGAAGGUUCCCCAUCUGAAUUUCCAGCUAUUAGGCCCGGUAUUGCUGCAGACGUAAAAUUUGGUGGAUGCGGCUCAUACCCAAAUCUACCUUGGGUUUCCACAAAGGGUCCAGGUCCAAAUGGUAAAGCGAUUUCUGGCGUCACUUAUAGAUAUAGCCCAAUCCAGAUCAAGAUUGUUUGUGCGUGCCAUGGGUUGCACAUGACAGUCGAAGAGUUUGUUCGGCAUGCUGGUGAUGAGCAAACCAAUCAGGAUUCUGGCUCUGGUUUAGCAGCUCUGCCCAGUAACAACCCUGGUGCCUCAUCGCAAAGCUAAUUCCAUGUAUGAUGACAAGUAGGCUAAUACAUUAUAUGCUUUUGACCAUUUGAUUUUCCAUUUAUUAGUGGGCUUCUUUGCUGCGGAUAAUGUGGCAGUUGUAUGUAAUAAUUUAUGGCAUCAUUAAAGUACCUUUUUUCAGUGAUGAAGCAUCUCCUUUUGAUUGUGUUCAUUCAAGGCAACCCUAUUGUAUUUUAUUUUAUUUUAUUUUUUGUAAA